UCAGCACUGGGAAGGAGACAGCUCCCUCCCCCCAAAACCCAACGCGCCUCACGUUGCAUGGGUCCCCGGUUAUUGAUAACACAAUUUACCCACUGGGAUCCAUCCCAGUAACGUGAAACUCGUGGAUACAGGGACUGGAAAUACAAGAAACAUUCCGGGCCGACGAAACGCAACGAUUUGUUCAUUACCACCGCCAAAUAGAAAGCCGAGCCCACCCUUUCACUUGACAACGCGACAUCAACCAGGCAGAAAGGCUGUCUCCUCAUCUUUCCAUCUACCAUCCACCCUAACCUGCUGUGUUGGGGAAACCCCUGAUGAGUGGGACCUGUAUUCAUGAGCCCCGCGCCCCUUCCCCCUCCCUGUCAGGCUUCAGUACUCCCAUCUCAGAACCCCCCUAUCGAAGACUCGAUGGAGACACCCCUGCCUGCACCCCCGAAACGGACCUGACCCCCACACAGUGUGUCCUCCGCAACGUUCUGUCUAUUGACACCGGUGGGCAGGUUGCCCCGGGUGGCAGCAGCCCCACCCCUAGUGAUGGACCCUCAGCCCACUUUGACAACAGCGUGCUAAAACUACACGAACAUGAGGCCUGCCAAUGUGGUGGUGGGGCCGAAGCGGGGCACAGUCCAGAGGCUGGAGCUGUGCGCAGCCAGUCAGAGAAUAUUCGACUCCAGUCAGGAAGCGGAGGUUUUUUGGAGGGACUGUUUGGCUGCCUAAAACCAGUCUGGACCAUGAUUGGAAAGGCCUACUCCACUGAACACAAACACAGCCAAGAAGAAUCUUGGGAGGUUCCGUUUGAGGAAAUCUCCGACUUGCAGUGGGUGGGCAGCGGGGCACAGGGGGCUGUCUUCCUUGGGAAGUUCCACGGAGAAGACGUAGCCGUUAAGAAAGUGCGGGACAUCAAAGAGACAGAGAUCAAACACCUUCGCAAACUCAAGCACCCCAAUAUCAUCACUUUCAAGGGCGUGUGCACCCAGGCUCCUUGUUACUGUAUCUUAAUGGAGUAUUGUGCUCAAGGCCAGCUAUAUGAGGUGCUGCGGGCAGGCCGUAAAAUCACCCCUUCUCUCCUGGUUGAUUGGUCUAUGGGCAUCGCAGGUGGCAUGAACUAUCUACAUUUACACAAAAUCAUUCACCGAGACCUCAAGUCCCCCAACAUGUUGAUCACACAUGAUGACCUGGUGAAGAUCUCUGACUUUGGAACCUCAAAAGAGCUCAGUGACAAGAGCACAAAGAUGUCAUUUGCUGGCACUGUGGCCUGGAUGGCUCCGGAGGUAAUUCGGAAUGAGCCAGUCUCAGAAAAGGUUGAUAUUUGGUCAUUUGGAGUGGUGCUGUGGGAGAUGCUAACCGGAGAGAUCCCUUAUAAGGAUGUGGACUCAUCUGCCAUCAUUUGGGGUGUGGGAAACAAUAGUCUUCAGUUGCCUGUUCCUGAGAGCUGCCCCGAUGGUUUCAAGAUUCUGCUCAGACAGUGCUGGAACUGUAAACCCAGGAAUAGGCCUUCUUUUCGUCAGAUCCUUCUUCAUCUGGACAUAGCAUCAGCUGAUGUGCUCUCUACACCACAAGAGACGUACUUCAAGUCUCAGGCUGAAUGGAGAGAAGAGGUGAAACAGCACUUUGAGAAAAUUAAAUCUGAGGGCACUUGUCUCCACCGACUCGAUGAGGAACUGAUCAACCGACGCAGAGAGGAACUCAGGCAUGCUUUGGACAUUCGUGAGCACUAUGAGAGGAAACUAGAGAGGGCCAACAACCUUUACAUGGAACUAAGCGCCGUCAUGCUGCAGCUGGAGCUCAAAGAAAAGGAACUGCAGAGGAGAGAGCAGUCUUUAGAUAAGAAGUAUCCAGGCUUGUUUAAGCACCAUAGCUCCCGUCAGAGCAGCUCCUCUAACUCCAUGGACAAACUCAUCAAGAAGAGAAAUGUCCCACAGAAACUGCCGUCUGGAAAAAGGCCAGACAUCCUCAAAUCUGAGGUGAUUAUUCCUAAGAUUGACUCAUCUGUGAUGCAAGUCACCAUCCCCGCCUGUCCAAACAGAAGCUCCACAUCUCCCAGCCGGUCGCGGAGGGUAAAGACUCGCCAUCGUAAGCCUGGUAAAGGCAGCAGUGGGGAUCUCGCUGGACUGAAGGCAAAUCAAUCUUCCCCCAGUAGGGACUCAACUUCCCAAGCCAACAGCUCUAACACCAACACCUCCAAGCAGCUCCUGGAGCCUUCUGCAGCCCUGAGGGGCCUCAGCCACGAGCAGCAGCAGAGGCAGCUAUCAUCCUCCAGCCCUGACCUCAUCUGCACCACACUAGAGGCAGAGGGCCAGGGGAAAGGGGAGUCCUCUGUGGGUGGGCUGGAGAGAGGGGGGAGCCUAAGCGCCUCUGCAGGUUUGGGGGGGUCUGAAGCCGGGGCAGCCGGCCUGGAUGAUCUCACAGAAACUCCCCCACGCAGUGACACUCCCAGUGAGGAUGCUGCGUCUUUUCCGUUCUCCAGCAGUCCAGACUCACCAUGCGGGAGGGGAGCGGCAGCAGGACGGGGGUCUCUAGGUUCUCCACGGCUGCCUCAUGAUGCGGAUGAAAAGGAGGAUGGAGCUGGUGCUGUGAGGUUGCCUCGUGGGGCAUCAGGAGGCAUCGGAAGCCAGCACCUCACUCCUUCAGCUAUUCUAUACAGAGCAGCUAUCACACGCAAACAGAGGCGUGGAGUGUCAUCAGAAGAGGAGGAGGGUGAAGUUGACAGUGAGGUUGAGUUGCCACGGAGACGACGUCCGACCAGCAUCACCAAGUGCCAGUCGGUGUCUACCUUCAGCUCUGAGAACCUGUCAGUGUCGGACGGCGAGGAGGGUCACACCACUGACCACUCCCACAGCGGCACACCCGACGUGGUCAGCACCAACACAGACGACAGGUUGGACGACCGCAGCGAUGACCUCCUCUCUCAGGGGUCGGAGAUCCCGGCGGACAACACUGACCCUGCGCAGGCUUCUGAUGGCUUAUCGGAGAGAGACGGUGCCCCUGGACAGGCGAAAGCUCAGCUGGACGCGGGACAGAAUUCAAAUGAGAGUCGGGCCCUGUGUGAUGAUUCUGACUGCGACAGCGCUGAGCUCGAUCAGUCAGGUAGCGGCGAACCCAGUCGCCCCCCCAGUGCUGGAGCAUGGGUGCCACAGUCUCAACCUUUACCCUAUCAGGGGUCUCCACAGGCACCUCAUACAGGACCUCCAUAGUUCACUGGACAGUAACAAAGACCCUCAGCUCCCCUACAGAGAAGAACCACCACAAGCGAACACCAGUCUGUCAGUGCAGUACAUUACUGUUGCCAUGAAGGAUCACACCUACUACACUAGAGUCACACAGACUAUGACAAGUUGACUUAUGGUGUCUCAUAAGUUUGUUGGCUGGCAAACCUAUAUCAGAUGACAUAGGAUAUUUGUCAUAACCUGACAUCAGAUAUUUUGGCAGCUUGUGACAUCCGAUAUAUGUCAUUUAAGUUCAGUAGGGUUUUUUUAGGCAAAAUAGUUACUUAGGUAACCUCAGCCACCGCUCCAGUUGAGCAAAAACCCUCCACAGACGCACAUGCACGCACAAGAAACCACACGUUUAGUCCUUUAAACACUCUAACCUUCACUCUGGGAGAAUCCUGAAUACUCCAUACACUAAUGCAUCAACUACUAAUGAAUAAUAAUGUAAAUAUUCAUUACAUACCACAUGAAAAAUAUGUAACUUUAUUUUAUUUGUAAGAUAAAAAUGUAAGACUAAACGGUAUGCAGCCCUGUGAACAAAUGCAUGAUUACAUGUUUAUAAUUUAUGGUUCGGAUGUGUCCGUUUUAUAUUUUGUGAAAGUUUACACUUUUUUAAUCCUGAAAGUAUUCUGUUAUUUUGGUUUUGUUAAUAAAUGUCAGCACUCAAAAAAGAAAUGUCAAAAUGGAAUGAAAAUCUCACCGAGACAUCAAUCAUGAUGCAUAAUUAGGGUUCUCAGUAGGUAAUAUAUUUUCUUUUCUAACCCUCCUACUACUGAGUUACAAAUACACAUAAGACAUGCUGUAGGUUUUUAUUAAGCUUAUCUAAUAAGUGAUAAAAUAGGAGACCAGAGUUCAUUCACAAAGCACUUCCGCUGCUGUGCAUUUAAUGUACACAACUUAAUGAAACUGUUGGCCUCUGGUUUGCCUUUUUAUUUGUAGGAUGUGUGUUUGAAAGAUGGUGCUUUAUUAAUGAACCAAAAGGACUCGUAUAGUUCAAACAGUUGGUAGGCUUCAUAAAAACCUUUAACUAUUCCUUUACCCUUUAAGAGUUUUGCAGAAGUAGCCAGAUAAGGAAUAGAGCACUCUGUGGUGGUUACUAGUAGAAGAGUAAGUAUCCUUUGGGUUUGAAUAGAGAUGUUUUGUUUUUAUACAGCAUUGCACAUUGUACCUGUAACAUAGGAAUUAUAUCAAAAGCAAAAUAUUAUGAGCAACAAUAAAUAAUGUAUUGGUUUAAAAAAAAAAAAGUCUGAUGUUUGUUUAAAAAGACAGGCCUUGUAAUAGCUACAGUUUGUGCUGUUGCUACAUCACAUUAAGACGGAUGAGAAAUAAAUGACUAUUUUCAAUGACUUUAAGCAUG